UUAUCUUUCCCUUAAUUCACCAAAAUACCAAAUGAAAACUCUAUAUAAACAUGAACAUAACACCUCAUAUCAUACCAUAGAAAAAAAAUCAAAAAACACUUUCAAAUUAAAGGUUAUGGAGAAAGAAACUGAAGUAGUUUUACUUGGCUCCUGGUUCAGCUCCUAUUCUAAUAGAGUUAGACUUGCCCUUGAAAUCAAAGGCAUCGAAUAUGAGUACAUAGAGCAAGAUCUAACAAACAAGAGUCAAGAACUCCUCAACUACAAUCCAAUACAUAAGAAAGUGCCUGUUCUUGUCCACAAAGGGAAACCUAUUGUUGAAUCAAUUGUCAUACUUGAAUAUAUCGAAGAUUGCUGGAAAAAUGAACCCAAGUUGUGGCCAGAGGAGCCUUAUGAGAGAGCCAAAGUUCGUUUCUGGAUAAACUAUUAUGAUCAAAAGAUUGGACCAAGCUCAACAGCUGUUCUAGUGUCAAAAGGGAGUGAAAAAGACAAGGCAAUAGAAGAAUCAAAUGAGGUGCUAAAGGUGCUUGAAGAGGGAAUUGAAAGGGAUUUUCCAAAAAGAACACCAUUUCUGAAUGGUGAGAAUCCAGGGAUUCUUGAUAUUGUAAUAGGUUCAAGUGCUUGUAAUGUUGAAGCAUUCAAUGAAGCUAUUGGAGGAGGAGAAGAUCUUAGCCUGGAGAAAUACUCAUGCCUUUUUGCACUUGUUACUGCUCUGAAAAACUUGCCUAUAAUGAAACAGUAUCUUCCACCACACCAUGAUCUUGUUGCUAUUAUAAGGAAGAAGUUUAACUUAAAUCAGGAUGCUUGAUUCUGUGAGAUGAUUCCAUAGCUGCUUGUAUCUUUGUUCUUGUCUAGAUCAUUGUUACUCUUUGUAUUGUUGAUUUAAAUCAGUUGUUUAUUUUGAUUGUUACUUAAAUUUUCUAACAGAUGAAAAGACUCAUUUUAUGUAACAACUGAUUUUGACAUGUGAGAUUUACUCUCUUUACCUGUAUUGUCUUCCUAAAAAUUAGCCCCAUCCUCCUUUGAAUUAAACAGGCACUUCUCACCAUUUUCUUGCCAA